GUGGCAAAUCCGUCCUCGCGAUGGCCGCAAAGAUCAUUGGAAGGCUCUGAGUGAGCAAAUGUGGCAAGCAUGGGACUGGAGUGGCUAGGAUGCCGCAUACGUCCGUUCCGCCUGAGGGUAUCGUGAAUACUCAAUCGUGAGACAGGCCGCUGAUGACAAGCUCCGUCAAUCGCCGAACAGCUGUUCAUCACGUCAUGCUUUGCUCGCCGUCCAAACUUCUAGCAAGCUUCGCCUUGAUCGGCGUGUUUGUCGCUCGUACGUCCCAGCUCGUCGCUCGCACCGCCGGCGUACCAGCUUCCUCGGUUGCGCACCUCGUUGAGGAUGGAAGCCACGUGCCAGGCACACCUGACAAUCUGCAACAUCUUCAUACGUCUGCGCCCUAUCGCCCAGCAACAGCGUCGCGAGCUCAAGAUCCAGCAAGGUCUGAUGACGAUUGGCUGCAUGCAGACCUGGAGAAGGAAUUUCCAAAUCAUUUGGUUAACUCAUGGCUUCGCUCGCCGUCUCCUCCCCGACGAGAGAAAGGAGCACCUCUAAGCCCCCGACGUUCCGUAAGCGUUGCCAGCUCAUGGUUGCAAGUGGAUCCGGCAAGGCACUUUGAUCCGCACCUGGUGCACUCUUGGUUGCAUUCGCCGUCUCAUGCGCGGCAAGAGGGGCACGAGGCAACCUCGAGCUCACAACGUUCUGGCAGCUCUUCCAGCAGUCCUGGAUUCUCGUGGCUAGACGACAACCUCGAGCAGCACUAUCCUUCGCACUUGGUCCACUCUUGGCUCCAUCACCCAGCGCCCGUAGCUUCGCCCACGCAGACGAGUCACGCGGACGCCGACGAGUUCGCCGACUCGCUUUUGCGCACACCUGGCGGAUCGCCCCUCACUUCUCCGCGCACUAUUACGGAGCCAUCUUGGCACACAAGGGACGCAGGCCCGCCGACGAGGACAGAUAGUGCACGACCACCAAAACCGACCAAAAGCCCUCGCAAGCCGCGAGAAGCAAAUAAUAUGAGCACUUUUUUCAAAUACAAGCGCAAGCUUGAGAGCAAAGGCAAAGACGCAUCCGAAUGGAACGCAAAGAUCAUUGCUCUGGCCGAGAAGGAAAAGGUGAGGACGCCAGUGAGCCAGCACGACUAUUACGUCAAUAUCAAGGGAGGAGGUUGGAGACAGGUGCGAGACAAGCGUGCUGCUGGCCGCGCUGCGGCUGCACAAUUGCGAGCGCAGCCGACUCCACUCGGCAGCCUUAGCAUGAAGCAGUUGUACCAUCAGCGAGAUCGUGCGCGAGCCGAGGGCAAGCCCUACGCUGACGUUCAGGAGGUGAUCAACGCCAAGUCCAAGGAAAGAGGGCUUUCUGAUGUGCCGAAUACUUUGAACGGCUUCUAUAAUCGUACUCGCAAGAAGACGAGGCUACCCGACGAACCGCGUGACAAGUAUCAAUGGACAGGCAUGACUGUUCUCUACCGAGCAAAAGAAGCCGCAGUCAAGCAGGGAAAGGACACUCGAGUGAUUGACGAGCAGAUUGGUCAAAUCGCAAAGGAGCGCGGAGUGCCUUUUCCCAGAUCAGCGAGCCACUUCAAUUACAUGAUCUGGAGAAAACGCGUACUUGAGAAGCAAGCGAAAGAGGAAGCGGCGCGGCAUGACGCUGGCCAACAGUCAUCGGAGCGCUCUGCGCAGACAUCCGACCCUGCAACGCCAUCCUUCUACAAUGCGCUCAAUGCUUCGCCUCCCGAAGGUACUUGAUGCCCGCUAGCAGCGGUCCCGCCUCGAAGCACACGAUGCCGACC